UGGCCGUGGUUUUACAACCGUCGACAGCGGAACGGAUUAUUUUGUAUCACACGGAACCGCGGAGGACGGAAACCAGUUCGUAAACAAACGUAACGCUAGCAACACACUUGUCAACACAUUCACGCAGGACAGCCGCCCGAGUGCGUUGAAGAUGUUUAAAAACACGUUCCAGAGUGGAUUCUUGUCCAUCUUAUACAGCAUCGGCAGCAAACCUCUUCAGAUAUGGGAUAAAAAGGUGAGGAACGGUCACAUCAAGAGAAUCACAGACAACGACAUUCAGUCACUGGUGUUGGAGGUGGAGGGGACAAACGUCAGCACCACGUACAUCACAUGUCCUGCCGACCCCAAGAAGACUUUGGGCAUCAAGCUGCCUUUUUUGGUCAUGAUCAUCAAGAACGUCAAAAAAUAUUUCACCUUUGAAGUCCAGGUUUUAGAUGAUAAAAAUGUCCGGCGACGGUUUCGGGCCAGCAACUAUCAGAGCACAACCCGGGUGAAGCCUUUCAUCUGCACCAUGCCCAUGAGACUGGACGAAGGCUGGAACCAGAUUCAGUUCAACUUGUCGGACUUCACCAGGAGGGCCUACGGAACCAAUUACAUCGAGACGCUGCGUGUACAGAUCCACGCUAACUGUCGCAUAAGGAGGGUAUAUUUCUCAGACAGACUAUACUCUGAGGAUGAGCUCCCAGCAGAGUUCAAGCUCUACCUGCCUGUCCAGAACAAGACCAAGUAGAGUUUCCAAACCAACACCGCUCCCCCAUUCCAGAAGUCGGGUUAGCUGUGAGAUUGUGUGUAUGUAGACAAGUUAUGAAUUUUAAAAAUUUAUGUUGUCAUUUUGGUGUUAUUUUGGAACAGUGAGACCUGUGUUGUCAUUUUCUGCACAAUAAAAAGUUUUGUAUGCACUGA